GCGGCUGAAGCAGGCCAGCGGUGUCUCUAGAGUCCGCCGGUCCGUCAUCGCCCUGCGCCCGUCAUCGCCCUGCGCCCAUCAGCGCACGACCACGAGCACUCCUUCUGUUAGUCUCUGACUCUGCAUCUCGUCUCUGUCGCGCUUCGAGCCUGCGAGCGAACAGAUACGCCGUCGGUGCAUCGUGGCAUCGUGGCACAGGAGGUGAGCAUCUGCCUACAUAUUCCUACCGCGGCGGGGUGAUCUGCGAGCCCCGUCCAGACCACUCGCCGCCGCUCCUGCAGCUACCAACUGCUUUCUCACGCACUCGUCUCUACACUCUCGACAUCCUCCGCAGGCACCGACUUGCCACGCGAUCCAUCGCAAAAUCGCCGCCUCUCAAUGGCUGAGCUAACAAAGCGAGAGCAGCAGGCGAUACCAUACCUGACUCCCCAGCAGCAGGACUUACUGGUCGCUGCCCUCAGUUCUCAGGCGCAGCCGCACACAUCCACCCUCGAGCGCCCGGGCGCCGUGAAGAGAUCCGACUCCGAUUUCACUACACAUCCAAACACCAUGCCCACGAACGCCAAUGGUGAUGCGCUCUUUGUGAGCCCGCAGACUGCGGAACUGGACAACUUCGGGCUGGACUACACCCCAGGACUGGACUACCUGGAUGACGACGGAUUCGACUUUGAGAAUGCGGAUGUUGGCGGAGAACUCAUUGGUCCACUUCCGGGAAGCGAAGGACACGAAAAGAGGAAGAGCCGCGAAGACAGUGUCGGCACGGAACACGAUGCGAAGCGACAGGAGACCAACGAUGGUGAAAAGGCACAGAAGAAACCAGGCAGAAAGCCUCUCACUAGUGAACCGACGACUAAGAGAAAGGCGCAAAACCGUGCCGCGCAGAGAGCGUUCCGCGAGCGAAAGGAGAAGCAUCUGAAGGACCUCGAAGAGAAAGUCACCUCUCUGACCAAGUCUUCAGAGGCAGAGAAGCAUGAAAACGGCGUGUUGAGAGCUCAAGUGGAGCGCUUGCAAGUCGAAUUGCGAGAAUAUCGCAAGCGCCUCUCUUUGAACAGCGGCGCCGUGCGUUCCUCUCCACCUUUGAAUCCUAUGAAUGGGCAACGGAGCAGCAGUGGCCCUUCAUAUGGCAGCAACUUCCAAUUCGACUUUUCCAAGUUCGGAGCUUUGCCUGGUAGCCAGCUGUUCGGAAACCAAGACACCUCGAAUGGUAACAGCCCUGGCAACAAGUCAGACAAUAUGUCUCCUCCCAUCGUCCAGUCCCCAGCCAGCAUGAAUGGGGUCAAUCAAGCACAAUCUCAAGCUCAGAACAGCCGACAUAACAGUCUUGGUCGGAGUCUGAGUCCGCAGAGCAUUCAGCGGAAUGAUUCCACAUCGGGCAGCAACGGUAGUCCGGCGAACGUGGCCAGCAUGGACUCUGCUUUCACGUCAUAUAGCACAAACGACAACAUGCACGGAUUCGCCACCACACUUCCCCAGAUGAGCAACGGCGACGGAUCAUUCAACGACCUUUUCAGCCCCAAUCUCCUCAAGAGUGCCAACAUGAACACAUACUUCAAUAACAACAAUGCACAAACCUCGGCUCCGAGCUCGAAUUACAACGGGGAAAGCUUCGAUAAUGGAGGAGACAACACUUCUGGACUCAAUCGCGUAUUCCAGUUCAACAGCGGCAGCAAUGCCAGCGAUAGCACAUCUCCCAGCGCCAGUUCUAACAGCCAGUGGAAUGCCAACGGCAAUGGCAAUAGCUCUUGUGGGACGUCGCCUGAGCCUUUGCACGAUAGCCCAGCGCUGAGAGAUGGCCAAUAUGGCGACAAGAGCCACAAGCCGGCUGUCAGCUCACAAUUGACGCCCGCAAAUUUGAACUCGCAGCAGAGUAUGAACUCCAUGUACGGCUUCGGAAAUGCCGAUCUCACGAACCCGUCAUCGGCCAACACAUUCGAUCCCGUCUUGUUCGGCGACUAUCGCGAUACCAACGAUGCGAUUCUCGGAACUGGCGACUUCACAGGAGGCUUUUUCGAUGAUGCCCUCAACUCCGCCUCCUUCGACUACCAGUCACCAAGCAACCUCUUCGGCAUUCUUCAGUCUCCGCGACAAACACAGGCUACACUACCUGUGCCCAACAAGCCUGCAAAUGCACCUACACCGAGUCGAAAUCUCAUGGCUGAGAUACAAAAGACUUGCGACGGCGGUGACGACGAUUACGGUCUUCCAGGUGCUGACAAGAACAAGACGCAAGCAGAAGGCGGAAAGUUUAUCAGCUGUAACAACAUCUGGACACAGCUGCAAUCGAAUCCCGAUUUCCAAGAAGGCAAAUUCGACUUGGACGGGCUUUGCUCGGAGCUUCGUGUCAAGGCCAAGUGUAGCGAGAACGGCGUCAUGGUUGAUCAAGAGCAUGUCAAUGCUGCUCUGAAGAAACUGGGGAAGAAGGACGAAGCGGGCAAACCAUACGGCCCGCCAUCGUUGCUGUUUGAGCAGGACAGUUGGAACAACGUGUUGAAGAAAUUGCAGAAUAACAGCAAGGCGUGAUGAGAAGCAACUGCAAGCAACAACAUGCAAAGUGAUGUGCUACGAAAAAGGUCCUUGGAGUCUGGUGCAACUCAACUUUCGAGGGUCAAGUGCAGAGGAAGAACCUGAAAAUGGAAUGGUUUAUGACUUGCUACAAUAGUCUGGGGGCAGGCAUUUCGACUCUGAUAUGGAGUUUGAUGGGAGGAGUUUCGCGUCAAUUCGCGGCGGUGACCGCAAAAGCAUGGCAAUCCUCGACCUUCAUACGAGGAUCGAAACGUCAAACGUGAUACGAACGCGCGUAUGUACGCUAUAGAAGAAUGAGCAAUACGGAAGACCACCAAGUCUACCAAGUCGUUGGCG